AUGGCAGGCAGCUCUGCUCCUUGGAUCGGCAGCGCUUAUCUCUUCCUCCAGUCCACAUGCAAGUCUAUUGUUCUGCCAUCACUCUACGAAAGCUCCCAGAAGAAACCUAGUGUGUUCAAGGCACUGAAGCUGGCAUUAGCAGACUCCACCGGCAGUGUGAAUGGUGUGGACAUGCUCAAAGUGCACUGCAGCCAUCCACACCUGAUAGUCCAGCUCAAGUUCUGCAAGCAGGAGAACUGCCGCCGGUUCCUGCAGAGUUACCGGGAAGGAGCACUCCAGGAGUCCCUCCAGAAUCACCUCCAGCUCUUCUUGGCCAUGACUACAGUGCCUCUUGAAAUGGAGCUGAAGGCUGGCAAUGAGCACCUUGACAACAUGCUGAAGGAUGAGGAUCGCUGCCUCGAGUGCAUCUACAGAGAAAAGCCUGACCGCCUGCGGGAUGAGGAAAUCACAGAGCUGGAGGAAUGCCUCAAGAGCCUGAUUGUUCACCAAAGCAUCAACAACAACAAGGCUGUAAAAGACUGCACGUCUCUGAACUCCCCAUCUCUACCUUAUCCAUCUCGAGGCAGCUCCCUUUCCCCACAAGUCACCUUCAUCUUUCAGGGACAAGUGUUCGCCAACAGAACGCUCACACCAGACGACCACCAGAAAUUUGCCAAACUUGUAUCCAAGAAAUGGAAGCAAGUGGGUCGCUCUUUGCAGAAGAACUGCCGGGCCCUGCGUGAUCCCGUCAUUGAUAACUUGGCCCUCGAAUAUGACCGAGAAGGACUAUACGAACAAGCCUAUCAGCUGCUUCUCAGAUUUAUCCAGUCGGAGGGGAAGAAGGCUACAAUAGCACGGCUGAUCGCAGCCCUGGAAGAAAAUGGUCUCAUCAGCUUGGCUGAGGAGCUCUUGGGCCUCCAUUCCAACGAGGACUGCUCCUAAAGCAGUGGACAAUUCUAUAUUGACUAUAUCAUGCUUAGCUCUUUCCCACCAACCUGAGGGAGUCUGCCUCUGUGAAAUGCCAAACACAGAGCUCGGCGUUAAACAGACUCCUAGUCAGCAAGUUACCUGUGGAGUGCAGACUGGAACUGCUGCUCUACUGUGUGUUACAGCGUCACAUACUGUCCUGAUCCCAGCCCACAGAGCUCAGCAAUCUUCUCUGACCAGCUGGCUGCUAGUGCCUUCACUCUCUUCUUAACCACCAGCCCUCAGCCUGCCAGCUUCACUGGAGAGGAUAGCUAAUGCUAUCGUGUCUCACAAGAGUCAGGAUUUGCCCAGAGCCUUUCCCUGGUGGGCUUGUCACUGUGUGACAAUUGGGUAUUGGCCACUGUGCCUGGAUUUUCCUGCCCUGAUUUUGAGGGUUAAAAAUGGCUUGAAGGACAAAGCACCCAAACCCCAGGGCUAACUUGUGCUUUCAGUUUCAGUGGGAGAAGCUGGCUCUCUCCUGGUAUGGUUGAUGAAGACUGCAACAGAGCAGCGUUUACACCUUUGCCCCUAACAAAGCAACAAGUGUCUAGCAUGACAUGGGUCCCAUGAAGAACAACAGUUUGAUUACCUUCGACAUAUUCCCUAUGCUUUCAUGAUAUGUUUUUACUUAUCCUUUUUCAAUAAUUCUAUCUCUCUUUGCUCUUCCCAUCUGUGGGAAUA